AUGAGGCUAAUUAGUUACAAAUCACCAUUUCCGUUUAAAUCAACAGUUUCUUCACCAUCACCGCAAGAACCGUCAUGCCGGUGGUGUUGCACCAUUAAUCCCAACACAAGUAAAACAGCUCCCAGUAAAUGGGAAAGAUCAUUGCUUGUCGACUUGGGGGAGAAUCGUAAAAGCGUACCGCCAAGUCGACUAAGCAAGAAAUGGAUGGAAUACCAUGGCACCAAGAACUGGGAAGGCUUGUUGGACCCUCUCGAUGACGAUUUACGUGGCGAGAUCAUUCGAUAUGGGAGCUUUGUUGAGGCAGCUUACCAUUCUUUCAACUUUGAUCCUUCUUCUCCCACUUACGCUGCAUGCCGGUACACGAAAAGUACAAUGCUAGAACGUUCCGGCGUUGAUGGAUGCGGGUACCGUGUGACCAAACACUUGCAUGCCACGUCAUCAAUUGUGUUGCCACGUUGGAUAGAAAAGAUGCCACGUUGGAUGCACGUUAAAUCCAGCUGGAUUGGCUACGUUGCGGUUUGUGAAGACGAAAGGGAAAUUUCUAGGCUCGGAAGACGAGACAUAGUCAUUGCCCUUCGUGGCACUGUCACUUGUCUGGAGUGGCUCGAGAAUCUACGAGCCACGCUCACUCAUUUUGAUGGAGACAGCUUUAAUGAUGAAAAAGAUGAUCAACCAAUGGUUGAAGCUGGAGUUUUAAGCUUGUAUACCUCGGGCACAGUAACGUGCCCGAGUCUACAACAGCUAAUAAGACAAGAAGUUUUAAGAUUAUUGAGAAUGUACAGUGAUGAGCCACUCAGCCUGACCAUCACUGGCCAUUCUCUAGGAGCUUCUUUAGCUAUCCUAGCUGCUUAUGAUAUAAAAUCCGCAAUCAAAUACUCACCUCAUCUUUCUGUUAUCUCCUUUGGCGGACCUAGGGUUGGCAAUAGAAGCUUUCGCCAACACUUAGAACAACAAGGAACAAAGAUUCUACGUAUAGUGAACUCCGAUGACCUAAUUACAAAAGUGCCUGGCUUUUUCGUCGAAGACCAUGAGAUCGACAUUGAACAGGACGAGAAUACCCAUGUCGUAGCACAUUAUUUAGCGGGCUGGAUACAAAAGUAUGUCAAAGACAGCCGAUGGGUUUAUGCUAACAUAGGUAACGAACUGCGACUAAGUAGCCGUGACUCGUUACAGCUAAACAGUAUAAAUAUCGCGACAUGCCAUGAUCUACGGACUUAUCUAUACCUGGUAAAUGGUUUUGUGAGUUCUAGUUGCCCGUUUAGGGCUGGUGCAAGAAGGAUGCUCGAAAAAGCUUCCACUAUCCCUUCCGUAAAAUGA